CAUGGAUGUAGCACUUUCUCCCAUGAGAACACAGGAACUGGAUCCAAUGCCAUCUGAUGCCUCUCCCAUGCUCAUAAACAUGACUCCUACAGUGGAACAAGAAGGGGAAGGGGAUGUCAUGAAGGACCUUGACUCUGGGCAGCAGUAUGAAAAGCCUCCUCCUCUGCACACCGGGGCUGACUGGAAGAUUGUUCUCCACUUGCCGGAAAUUGAGACCUGGCUUCGGAUGACGUCUGAAAGGGUCCGGGACCUGACCUACUCCGUCCAGCAGGACUCGGACAGCAAGCACGUGGAUGUGCAUCUGGUACAGCUGAAGGAUAUUUGUGAAGAUAUAUCUGAUCAUGUUGAACAAAUUCAUGCUCUACUAGAGACUGAGUUUUCCCUGAAGCUUCUGUCUUACUCUGUCAAUGUGAUAGUCGAUAUCCAUACAGUGCAACUACUCUGGCACCAGCUACGUGUUUCUGUCCUGGUUCUGAGAGAACGUAUUCUCCAGGGUCUACAGGACGCCAAUGGAAACUACACCAGGCAGACUGAUAUUCUGCAAGCAUUUUCUGAAGAGACUAAGGAGGAUCGUCUUGACUCUUUAACUGAAGUUGAUGAUUCUGGACAGUUAACCAUCAAAUGUUCUCAAAAUUACUUGUCCCUGGAUUGUGGUAUUACUGCAUUUGAACUAUCUGAUUACAGUCCUAGUGAGGAUUUGCUUGGUGCUCUGGAUGAUAUGACCUCUGGCCAAGGGAAAGCAAAAUCAUUUGAAUCCUGGAACUACAGUGAGAUGGAUAAGGAAUUUCCAGAACUUAUCAGAAGUGUGGGUUUACUUGCAGUAGCAACAGAUUCCAUUGCUUCCCAGUGUAAUGAAGCUUUGAAGGAGAAAGAAAAUCAUGUACCUCUUUCAGCAGAAGAUGGGGAAGAAACCAAAGACAAGAAAGCAUCACGUGAUCUCUCACAAGCAUCUCCUUCUGGAAAUUCCUCUCUUUCUAAAGGACCUUUCUCUGAAAAUGGUGUUUUAUCUACUGACAGCAAAGCACUUUCCAUAUCAAAGAAUCCAGAGUGCAGUCCUCCACCGCACACUGGUGAAAAUAUCAAACACUCUCACUGUGAAAAUUCAACACCUAAGAGGUCAAUAAGAGACUGCUUUAACUAUAAUGAAGACUCUCCCACGCAGCCUACAUUGCCAAAAAGAGGUCUGUUUCUGAAAGAUGAUGGGUUUAAAGAGUAUAUGGAAGCCGAUGACUUAAAAAGGCAAAUCUCUCAAAUAGUUAAAAAUGAAAUGAGUAGAAGUACACCCUCAUUGUUAGAUCCGCCAGACAGGUCCAAGCUUUGCCUAGCUUUACAGCUGCCCUAUACCAACAGUCCAUCAGCAGUUAGUCAGUCAUACGAUUGCUUAAAUACAAUAAGUGAUAAAAAUCUUGAGUACACAAUAAAUAAUCACUUCAAAGACAGUCCCAUUAUUCUAGGAAAGUGUACUUUCUACACCUGUAAAGAAAAAUCAAAGCACAAGAAGUCUCAUGAUUCUCCAGAGAAAGUGAAAACUGAUGUAACACCUGGAAGUAUGUGUAACACAGCUCCAUCAACCCAGGUCAAAAAAAGAGGGUGUUCUCUGCAGAAUGGAAUUACUUCUCAUUGCUCUAAGUCUCUGGAGGAGACAGAAACAGAUUCUUCUGCAUCGUCAGAUUCUUGUAACCAGAGAGAUCCAAAUGGGCAAUCACAAGGUAAAACUGAGCCCUUCAGCUCAGCAACACAUAGCCAAAAGAGUGCUUCUUCAGCUGGUUCUGAGCUUUCCAGCUCAUCCCCUCUUCUGCUGAGAAGAAAGAAAAAUAAAAGCUUAUCUUCAGCACCACACUAUACUCAGAAAAUCACUAAGGACAAUGAGGUGUGGUAUGGAUCUGAUGAAUAUUUAGCACUUCCUUCACAUCUCAAACAGACUGAAGUAUUAGCUUUAAAACUAGAAAACUUGACAAAGUUGCUGCCCCAAAAGCCCCGAAGAGAAACCAUUCAAAACAUUGAUGACUGGGAGCUGUCAGAAAUGAACUCAGAUUCAGAAAUGUAUCCGACAUACCAGACAAAAAAGCACAAAAAAAGGGGUAGAAUUUCACCAAGUUCUUCAAGUGAUAUAGUAUCCUCCUUAGGUGACAGUAUUGAAUCUGGGCCUCUCAGUGAUAUUCUCUCUGAUGAAGAUCUUUGUAUGCCUGUAUCUUGCAUUAAAAAAUACAUUGAAGAAAAGUCAGAAAGGACUGCUGCCACUCAGCCCACUGGGACUGAGACUUCUCCUUCAAAUAAAUCAGCUUUAAUUCAUCAGCUGAUGCAAGAUAUACAACAUCAAGAGAAUUAUGAAACCAUAUGGGAAAAAAUUGAGGGGUUUGUAAGCAAGCUGGAUGAAUUCAUUCACUGGUUAAAUGAAGCCAUGGAAACAACAGAGAACUGGACUCCUCCUAAAGCAGAGACAGACAGCCUGAAACUCUACCUGGAGACACACUUGAGUUUUAAGUUGAAUGUAGAUAGCCACUGUGCUUUGAAGGAAGCAGUGGUAGAGGAAGGACGCCAACUUCUUGAGCUUAUUGUAUCUCACAAAUCAGGACUGAAGGACAUGCUGCAGAUGAUUGCAAGUCAAUGGAAGGAACUACAGAGGCAAAUCAAACGGCAACACAGCUGGAUUCUUAGGGCUCUGGAUAUCAUCAAAGCAGAGAUACUGGCUACUGAUGUGUCUGCAGAGAAUGAGGAAGGGACUGGGAGCCCUAAGGCUGAGGUUCAGCUAUGCUAUCUGGAAGCACAAAGAGAUGCUGUUGAACAGAUGUCCUUAAAACUGUACAGUGAGCAGUACAACAGUAGUAGCAAGCGAAAGGAAGAGUUUGCUGAUAUGUCAAAAGUUCACUCAGUGGGAAGUAAUGGCCUUUUGGACUUUGAUUCAGAAUACCAGGAGCUCUGGGAUUGGCUGAUUGACAUGGAAUCCAUUGUGAUGGACAGCCAUGACCUGAUGAUGUCAGAGGAGCAGCAGCAGCAUCUUUACAAGAGAUACAAUGUAGAAAUGUCAAUCAGGCACCCAAAAAAGAUGGAACUGCUUAGUAAGGUGGAAGCUCUGAAGAAAAGUGGUGUUUUACUACCAAACGAUCUCCUUGAAAAAGUGGAUUCAAUUAAUGAAAAAUGGGAACUGCUUGGGAAAACCCUAGGAGAGAAGAUCCAAGACACAAUGGUAGGGCACAGUGGGUUAGGUCCACGUGACCUGCUCUCGCCUGAAAGCGGCAGCCUGGUAAGGCAGCUGGAGGUCAGGAUCAAAGAGCUGAAAGGGUGGCUGAGAGAUACAGAGCUUUUCAUCUUCAAUUCCUGUCUGAGACAAGAAAAUGAAGGAACAAUGAAUGCUGAGAAACAACUGCAAUAUUUUAAGUCUCUAUGCUCUGAGAUCAAGCAGAGGCGCCGUGGGGUAGCCUCUGUGCUGCGAUUAUGCCAGCACCUCCUGGAUGAUCAGGAGACCUGCAACCUAAAUGCAGAUCACCAGUCCAUGCAGUUGAUAAUCGUAAACCUUGAGAGAAGGUGGGAAGCCAUUGUCAUGCAAGCUGUCCACUGGCAAACCAGGCUACAGAAGCGAUCGGAAAAAGACUCGGAGCCUCUAAAUGUUAUUGAUCCCAGUUUGAUGGAUCUAAAUGGUCCAAGUGAAGAUGCACUAGAAUGGGAUGAAACUGACAUAAGUAAUAAGCUCAUCAGUAUUCAUGAAGACUUAAGUGAUCCUGAUCAGGAGCUCAACAAGGAUGAUCUAAACCAGAAACCUGCUUCAGAAGAAUGUGGUGAUAAUGAUGUGAAUGAGGAUGAAAGUAUCAGUAAUCAUGGAAUUCCUCUUUAUUGUCCCAACAUUACUUCCCCUCCAAAUCCUCACAUCUAUCAGGUCUAUAGCCUUCAUAAUAUUGAAUUAUCAGAAAAAAAACAUAUGCCUUUUUUGAAAAAAACAUCCAGACUCUCCAGUGUAAUGCAGUCUAACAUUUUAAACAAAAGUCUUAGUAAAGACUCAUCAUUUUCAUCUACCAAAUCCCUGCCAGAUCUAAUAGGAGGUACCACAUUGGCAAAACCAUAUAACUGCAUGUAUCAGAGUGGAAACAUAAGCAGGCAUUCUGAGAGUGAGAGUGGGAUAGUGAGUGAAUGUGAUACAGAAACUACAAAUAAUUCAGAAAUUUUUUUGCUAAAUGAUACUGAAAGCAGUCAGAGUAAUCCUGAAAUUGGGCAGGUGGAAAUCCAAGUGGAUAAUGUAAUAAAACCAAAACUAAAGCAAGAUGAAGAAGAUCAUACUAGUCUUUCAGAUGAUUUCCAAUUGGCUCCUUCUGCAUGCUGUGGAAGUGAAAAUGAUGAGGAUUUGGACAGCAUUACUAUGUCUAACCCUGGUUGUCCAGAAGAAUUGCAAGGAAAACAUGAUGUCUUUACAUUUUAUGAUUACUCAUAUCUUCAAGGCUCCAAAUUCAAAUUACCAGUGAUAAUGAAACAAUCGCAGAUUGAAAAAACACAUACAGAGGGUAGUUUGUUUCAUGACUUUUGUUUUGACAAAAUACCUGGUAAAUCCGAACUUAAGUCUGGAGAGUCACAACCAGAUGGGUUUAUUCAUGAUCAUACUCUGGCAAGUAUCUGUGGAGAAUCAGAUCCCAAUUCCUGUAAAUCUGCAGAAACUGUAAAAAAAUUACCUGUUACAGAGAAUACAAGACAGGUUUCCACUUUAUCUCAUAGUUCUUCUUUAGAAUCUCUGUCGGUAGUAGGUGAUUUGUUCAGCUCAGGUAUUUUUAAAAGUGGAGAUGGUCUUCAGCGAAGUGCCUCUUUGGAGAGCUGGCUGACUUCCUACAAAAGCAAUGAAGAUCUUUUUAGUCAUCAUGGCUCUGGAGACAUAAGUGCAAGCAGUGAUUCUGUUGGAGAGCUCAGUAAAAGGACUUUAGAUCUUUUGAAUCGCUUGGAGAAUAUCCAGAGUCCUUCAGAUCAAAAAAUAAAGCGCAGCAUCUCUGAUAUAACACUCCAAAGUAGCUCUCAAAAAAUGUCUUUUACUGGACAGCUCUCUCUAGAUAUUGCAUCUUCAAUCAAUGAAGAUUCAGCAGCUUCUCUCACUGAACUCAGCAGCAGCGAGGAUCUUUCUCUCUGCUCUGAAGACAUUGUACUACACAGAAAUAAAAUACCAGAUUCAAAUGCAUCAUUUAGAAAACAUCUUAAUAGAUCUGUAGCUGAUGAGAGUGAUGUCAAUGUCAGCAUGAUUGUUAAUGUCUCCUGCACUUCUGCUUGUACUGAUGAUGAAGAUGACAGUGAUUUGCUUUCAAGUUCCACCCUUACCUUAACUGAGGAAGAGCUAGGUAUCAAAGAUGAAGAUGACGACUCCAGUAUAGCAACUGAUGAGGAUAUUUAUGAAGAAUGCAAUUUAAUUUCAGGACUUGAUUAUAUAAAAAACGAGCUCCAAACCUGGAUUAGACCAAAAUUUUCCUUGACAAGGGAAAAAAGAAAAAGUAACCUCAGUGAUGAAAUUCAGCGCAGUAAAGAAGUUAGUAAUGACACAUCAAAAGCCACAGACACAUUAAGCAUUGAAACACUGUUGAAUGGUUCAGUGCAGAAAAUAUCAGAAAAUAAUGGCAAUAGUAAGAAUAUACCAUGUGAACGUGAAAAAGGGACAAAAAGUCGCCCAGUGAAAGACAUCUCUCAGGUUGUGAAGGAUCAGCUUGUGGAUGAUAUGGAGAAUGGCAAUGUUGAACAUACUCUUGGCAGUGAAAAGGAAGGUCUUGCUAGAGUAGCAGCAACCCCCAAAACUCAUGCAUCACUUGAUGUCAGAGAAGCUGAAAAUGAGUGUGGUGUCUGUGAAGCAUUUACAGACAGUUCAGAUGAUUCACAUAUGGAUGGCAAGGAGACUGUUCUGUCCUCAGCUGGAUCCAGGAACUCUCCAAGAGAAUGUCAAAGUCAUCUUCAGCCUGAUCAUCACUCUGUUACUUCCUCUCCUGCAAAAAAGCCUUGUCUUGAAUGUUCCUCAGAAAUUAAUUCCAUAGGCAUACAAGAUACAGCUUUACAGCCAUCUUUACCUAGUGGUCAACAACAUAGAAUAAACGCUACUGAAAAAUUUCUUGAUUGCUGUGCAGCCUUGAAAUCCAGCGAAGCAGAAUGCAACUCAUCAGCCAAUGGUUUUGAUUUGUGCUGUAACUGUGAAUCUGCUGAUUUUGAUAAAAAAAACAUGGAAGAUGGCUCAGUACACCAUUUUGUGAGGGAGAUAAUAGACAUGGCAUCAACAGCUUUGAAAAGUAAGUCACAACCUGAAUGUGAGUCAUCUGCUCCAGCUUCAUUAGCACAGAUCAAGGAAAAAGUAUUAGAACACUCUCACAGACCCAUUCAGCUAAGAAAAGGGGACUUCUAUUCUUAUCUUUCACUUUCUUCUCAUGAUAGUGACUGUGGAGAGGUAAUCAAAUACAUAGAGGAAAAGAGCAGCACUCCUGUGCCACUGGACUUCACAGAUGAGAGAGAAGAUAUUGAAUGUUUCUUUGAAGCCUGUCCUGAGGAGGAACGGGUUGAGCAGCAGCAGCAGUCUAUUUCUAAUGGUUCUUCUGAAGCACAAGUUGAGCAGCAGAAACCUGUUUCUAACCCUAUUUCUGAAACAUCUGCAGAGUCACUAGGUGAAGUGACUCCAGAGUCAUUAGAAGUUAAAACUUCUUCUGAAGAUGGACAAAAUGAAAGUUUGGAAAAGAAUUCUCCAGAGGUUAGCACUAAAAAGAGUAGUGCAGGAAAAUCAGCUGGAACAGAAGAGAAAAAAGGAUGUGUUACUGCUUCUGAAGAGGCUUCAGCUACAGAUUUUCAGAUAAAGCCUGGCCAUUCACAGAAAAAGGAUGGUUUACAUCAGAACAGAAAAACUCUUACUUGUGAAGAACAUCUCCUGAAACUUCAUAAGGAAAGACAUAUAAAUAUGCACAGAUAGAAUGUAACCCUCUCCAGACACAUAGAUUAUUCUAAAAACAGAAACUUGGCUGCAAUUCAGGUGCAGGUUCAUCCUGUAAACCCUGGGAUGACCUCCAAUUCCAUUGUAUCACUGCCCUUCAUUAAACUGACUCCCGAGAUAAAUUUUGUUUCCAAAUGUGGUUUGUCCAUGUUGGCUUUGUGGUCAGGCUGCAUAUGCUAGUCCUAUUUCAGUGAUCAUUUUGUUUUGUAGCAAGGCCACUUGCCUUCAUAUGGAUUCCUCUCCCAAGCUACCUCUAAUGACCUCCCCUUCCUAAAUUGGAUGCUCCUGUACUACUUACCACUGGUUCUGUUCUUUAAAGUACUAUAGAAUUCACGGUCAGUCUGAUUAAUCUUUUCAGAAUUGUAACUGUCAGUACUCUUCUAUUUUAUGUAUCAAAUUUAAUAUUUAUCUGUAUAAGGCAUAAGUUUAUUGAAACUAUUUUGCUUUUAAAGUGACUAUUUUGUUGGAUUGCAGCAAAAAGAAGUCAUUGGUCCUCCUGAUUAAAUAUAUCUAAAAAUUAAGCAAUUUAAAUAAAUGGUGUUUUAUUUAUUUAAUUUAAAAAUUUAAUCUAUGCAACACUUCAAGAAACAACUACAUAGUGUUGUAUAUUAGAAACUGUUGACAUUCUACUGAAUUAAGUAUAACAUUUUGGGUUUUUAUGCUUCUUGAGGUGGUAAUGAGAAAAAAAGUUUUUAAAAAAUGUGUGCCUUGCUGUAUUUCUUAUACCAUUUAUUAAAAAGCUGCUUUCACAGUAAAAUUAUGUUGGUUUGAAAGGAGGAAAUAGCAAGGUUAAGAUGUGUGAAUAAUUUCUGUAUAUAUGUAUAACCAACUGCAAACAUUGAUGUAUAAUGACAGUAUAAAAUGCUUUCAUGUUUGUGAUGUCCAGUGAUGUGGAAAUUAUAAGCCUUAAAACCAUUAGAUUGCAUGGUAAUUAGAAUUGGCAUAAUAAACAUAGUAUAUUGGGGAAAAAAAAAGCAGAA